UGUAAUAUAUUUCAAAUUGGAAAAAAAAUGUCCAAAAAUUGAUUACAAAGCUGAAGAGAAUAAUAAAUGUGAGAUGAAAUAUAAUUAAUUGGAUCACCUACUUUUUCCUGGCUGUAGACCUAAGAACUAAGAAGUUGGAACCGCCCACCAAAACCAGCCAGCCAACCAACCAACCAAGUCCUCCAUCAAAUUUAUACCCCUCGCCCUUCAUUCCUUCCUUUCACAUAUUUGAGCCCUCAAAACAAACCAUGGUGAACUUGGUGGCAGCUCAACGCCCACUGCUGCAUCGCCUAAUGAAGAUGGCUGGCAUAGUACCUUACGUCAUCGAGAUCGAGCCCGGCACCGUCAUGAACUUCUGGGUCCCCGUCGAAACACUCCCCAAGUGCAAGAAAGGCCACGAGCCGAAGCCUCCACAGAAACCGACCAAACCUGUCGUUGUCUUGGUCCAUGGCUUUGCUGCCGAAGGCAUCGUCACUUGGCAGUUUCAGGUGGGAGCUUUAUCCAAACAAUACUCCGUUUACGUGCCGGACCUUCUGUUUUUCGGCGGCUCCGUCACCGACAAGGCGGACCGGUCGCCGGCGUUUCAGGCGGAGUGUUUGGCGGCGGGAUUGGGGAAGCUCGGGAUCGAGAAAUGCACGGUGGUGGGGUUCAGUUACGGCGGAAUGGUGGCCUUCAAACUGGCGGAGCUCUGCCCGGAGCUGGUGGUUUCGAUGGUGGUUUCCGGUUCGAUUCUGGCGAUGACAGAUUCAAUCAGCGGCGAGACGCUGAGCCGAUUAGGGUUUGCGUCGUCGUCGGAGCUCUUACUUCCGAGGUCGGUGACUGGCCUGAAGGCGCUUCUCUCCGUCGCCGCCUAUAAAAAGCUCUGGUUUCCCGAUCGACUCCAUAAAGACUACCUUGAGGUGAUGUUCAAUAACAGAAAAGACAGGGCAGAGCUCCUUGAAGGUCUAAUUAUCAGUAACAAAGAUUCCACAGUCCCUAAGUUCACUCAGAAGAUACAUCUUUUAUGGGGAGAAAAUGAUCAGAUUUUCAAAGUCGAGCUUGCCCGAAAAUUACAACGGGAACUCAGCGACAAUGCAACCUUUCGAGGCAUACCGAAGGCAGGUCACUUGGUUCACUUGGAGCGACCCUGCGUCUACAAUAGGUGUCUCAAGCAGUUCCUUACUUCCCUGCAUUCAAAUGCCCAAACCAAAUGAGACACCAAAUUGGCUUUUUGGUAUUCUGUCUUCCAUAUUCUACACAAACUUAAACGUGCAUGUAUUUGAUCAAACUAGUAUUUGUUGCAUCAUGAUAGUUUUUCCCACCCUUAUCAUUUAUUAAUGUUUUGCCAUCUAAUUUUACAAUAAGCAAAAGCAAAAUUAUACAUAACGCACGUCAUUGGUUUGAAUUUGGCCUUGAAAGUAUAGAAAGGGCAAAAUUGAUAUCAGCUACAUACAUCAAGGACAUUUUGUAUAAUUUAACCUUGGGUGAAGGUGGGCAGAAAGUUCCAUCCUCAACCUAGAGGAAAUUAAACUGCAGAAAUUGAUUGAAAAUAACCCAGAGAACAAAAAUUAAUGUAUGUCUUUCACUGAUAUACUUGACCGAGAGGACACUACUUUUGGGCAGGCGAGCCAAUACAACAACAAUAAUAACUGCAUAAGGCACAUUAACGAAACAC